GGUAUCUCAUCUUGUCGUUGGAGAUGGCAGAAGAUGGGAAGUUCCGAAUUGAGAAGUUCGAUGGUACAGAUUUCAGUUGGUGGAGAAUGCAAAUUGAAGAUUUGCUGGUUCAGAAAGAUUUGGACGUGGUAUUGGGUGACAAGCCAGAAAAAAUGUCAGAUGCAGAUUGAGCAGGUUUGGAUCGGAAAGCAAUGUCCGUGAUCUGUCUCUCGUUGACCAAGAAUGUUGCGUUCAACAUUCUGAAGGAGAAGACAGCAAAGGGAAUUAUGGACGCGCUGUCUAACAUGUACGAGAAGCCAUCUGCAGUGAACAAAGUUUUUCUAAUAAGAGAGCUGGUGAACACAAGGAUGAAAAAUGGCACUUCAGUUACCGAGCAUAUCAACAAGUUGAAUUCGAUCUUAGCCAGACUUUUGUCAGUGGGCAUUAAGUUCGAUGAUGAAGUUCAAGCUUUACUACUGUUAUCGUCAUUGCCUGACACUUGGUCCGGAACUGUUACAGCAAUUACCAGUUCAGCGGGACCUGACGGAUUCACUUUUGAGAAGAUUCGUGACCUCGUUCUUGGCGAAGAUGUCAGAAGAAGGAGUUCUGGUGAGUCUUCGGAAGAAUCACUAAAUAUCGUCAGAGGUAGAGGAAAUAACAGAGGUAGUGGGAGCAAGAACAGACGAAGGAGUCGAUCGAAGACUCGGGAUAGCUCAGGCGUAACAUGCUGGAAGUGCAAGGAGGUGGGGCAUUUCAGGAAUCAGUGCCCGAAAGAGGUUAAGCAAGUGAACAUUGCUAGAGGCUCCGCGAGCGACGAGGAUUUGUUUAUCUGUUGUGCGGAGAGCAGUGUAGAUUCCUGGGUCAUGGAUUCUGGUGCUUCAUUUCAUGCUACCCACAGCGGUGAAGCAUUGCAGAAUCUAGUUGUUGGGGACUUUGGAAAGGUACGACUAGCAGACGACGGAGCUCUUGAUGUGACGGGCAUGGGUGACAUAGUGCUGAAGACCCCUGUCGGUUUCUGGACUUUGAAGGAUGUCAGAGUGGUUCCAGCCUUGAAGAAAAGUUUGAUUUCUGUUAGGCAGUUGGACGAACAGGGACACGAGGUGAAGUUCGGAAAUGGGCAGUGGAAGAGUCUUCUCGAUGAUCAAGAAGGCUGGUGGCAACUAGAGGUGGUGGAAUUUUGAGUUCCGUUAUCAGAUUACAGAAGUACAUGUGCACAGUUGAAGCGCAGGUGAACAUUGUUCCGUGGCUUCAAGUGGGAGAUUGUUGAGUGUGAAGCCAGGAAGCUAGGUGGAAGCUAACAGGAAAUUGGCAGGAAGCUACCUAGAAGCUUACGGCUUAAUCAUUGUCUCCCUAACUAAUCUCUAUUUAAGAGAUGCUAAUGUGCUUGUAAUUGUUGUGCAACAACAAAUAAUAAAAUCCUCCUAGUUGCCCCGUGUGGACGUAGGUUGCAGUUGGCGGCCGAACCACGUUAAAUCCUGUGUCGU